AUGAAUUUAUCACUUGAAUAUCAAAACACCAUUCUUGCAGAACUUCUUUUGGAAGAUGGGUUACUAAUACUUUCGCGUGGUCUGAGACUCUUUGGAAUAAUAUGUGCUUUGCUAAAAAUGCAUGUCAAGAAGCAAAACCUUGUUUUGCUUUUGAAUGCUUCGUCAAAUGAGGAGCAAAGCUUAAAAGAAGGUUUAGCUGAGCUUGGCAUGAGAAAACCUGGGCUUAAAAUAGUAAAUAGCGAAAUGGGGGCAAAAGAGAGAAACGCGUUAUAUUUAAAUGGCGGUAUUCUUUCGAUUACUUCUCGAGUUCUUAUUGUUGAUUUAUUAAACAAAACAAUGCCCACAGAUAAAAUCACGGGCAUUUUGAUGUGCCAUGCUGAAAGAAUAACUGAUGCUUCCACUGAAGCAUUUAUUUUAAGAAUUUAUCGACAGGAAAAUAAGGAUGGGUUUAUCAAAGCAUUUUCGGAUUCUCCGGAAUCUUUUACUUCGGGUCUCGCACCUCUUCAAACUACUUUGCGUUUACUUCAUCUGAGAAAAGUAUUCUUGUGGCCUAGGUUUAAUCUUGAAGAGCGAGGACCAGAUGUUGUUGAAUUACAUCAACCAUUAUCUAUUACCAUGAAUGGCAUUCAAGCAGCAAUCAUUCAAUGCAUGGAAGCAUGUUUAUCUGAUAUUAAGCGUGGAAACCCUAUGAUUGACAUUGAAGACUUAACGACUGAGGAUGCUAUGAACAAAUCUUUUGAUUUAAAUAUACGCCUACAACUUGAGCCAUUUUGGCAUCGGAUUAGUCAAAGAACAAAACAUUUAGUUGGAGAUUUGACACUUGCUAAGCAACGCGUGUAUGUUCGAGUGACGCCUAAAGAUGACGAAGAUGACCCACAGGAAGAAUCGGAUACUAAUUCGGAAUUCCCUCCUAAUAUUCAUCCAGUUUUGGAAGAAUUACCAAAGUGGAAUUUACUAGGAGAUAUAAUGAAUGAAAUCGAACACGAGAUUGAAUUAUGCGAUGAACAAAACCAACAUACAGACAACCUAAUCCUAAUAAUGACAGAAGACAUUAGAACUUGUACGAAAUUGCGAGAGUAUCUUUCAACAAAUCAAAAUGACUUAAAAGAAGGAGAAACUAGAGGAAGACCUUUACUCAAUAAAUUGUUAAAAAGUUAUUUUAGAAAUAAGGAAGGUAUCACAAAGGCAAGCCGAAACCUACAUCAAUAUACUUCUAAAUCAAAAAAUACUGAUAACACGGGAAAUAAAAUGAAUAAAGAAAGUGAAUUUAUUAGUAACAAGAGGACAGAUGAAGCGAAAUCGAAGACAUCCUAUAAGCGGGCACAACAACCUCCCAAUAAGCGUAGACGUGUUCGUGGAGGAUCUAUUGCAGCUGCCAUAGCUUCAAGAGAUCCUACAAUGACUACGAAUAUCACACCUCACUCAGUCGAUAAAGAGAUCAAAGAAAUUGCUGAUUUCAUAGAAUCCAGCUCAUCGAAAAAUGUAUCGUCGAGUUAUCAAGAUGAAUUGGAUACUUCAACAUUUUCAAACCACUUUGGAUUAAUCCCAACUUCUUCAUUAGUUGUAAUUCGACCACUUAAUGGUGAAGAUGAUGAUCGACUUCUGGAAUCUUUAAAACCUAAAUUCAUUAUAAUUUAUCAUCCUGAUCCGGCUUUUGUGAGAAGAGUAGAGGUAUAUAAAGCUUCAAAUCCUAAUCUCUCAAUUCGAGUUUACUUUAUGAUGUACGAAGAUUCUGUCGAAGAACAACGUUAUUUAACUUCAAUAAGGAAAGAAAAAGAGGCUUUCGAAAGGCUUAUCCGUGAAAAAGCGACGAUGGCUUUACCCAUAGGACAAAUGGAUAUUAAACUUGGGGAUUUCACAUUACAUGCACAAAAUACACGCGUUGCAGGUGGUGGUUUGACAGCUGCCAGUUUACAGCAAUCAAAGGCAAAGAAUUAUAUUUUUGCACUUCCAUCCAUGAUACAUUCGCAUGGGAUAGAGAUUAAUCCAUGUAGAUUGGAAGUGGGUGAUUACAUUUUGACUCCAAAGAUUUGUGUUGAACGUAAAAGUAUCUCAGAUUUGAUUGGCUCCUUCUCAUCAGGCAGAUUAUAUUCUCAAUGUGAAGCAAUGUCUAUAUAUUACAAGCAACCUAUACUGUUAAUAGAAUUUGAACAUAAUAAAGCUUUUUCAUUAACGGCGGCCGAUGAUGUUAAAUCUUAUAUCGGCAUGAAUGAGCUAUCAUCAAAAUUGGUAUUGCUCACUUUAACUUUUUCAAGGCUAAAGAUCAUUUGGUCAUCUAGUCCUUAUGAGACAGUACAAAUUUUCCAAGAUUUGAAAAAAUCACAAGAUGAACCUGAUCCCGAAAAAGCCAUGGCAAUAGGCUUUGAAGGAGAAGAUAUUGAUUCAGAUUUCAAUAUUACACCACAAGAUUUUCUUCGUGCGCUGCCUGGCAUUACCUCAAAAAACUACAAACACGUCAUGUCACGUGUAGAGAAUCUCAAAGAUCUCGGUGAGAUGUCCUUAACAGAUAUGCAAGCUUUGAUAGGGGCUCAAUAUGGAAGGUUAUUGUAUGAUUUUUUUAACAGGGAUGCGCGAGUUUGA